GAGUGGCAGCAGGUGUUCGCCCAUCUGGACACGAUGACGCAGACCUCGCUGCGCGCGGUGUGUCCAAUAUGGACCGCAAUCCUUGGUGCGCCGGCUUUGACGGCUAACAUUCUGAUCGAGACGAACGCUGAGCGCCGAAACAUCGACUAUACCUUAACGGCGCCCAUCUUCAAAUGUCUGCGUCCUUCCACUAAGCGCGUUAUGGUGCAUGAUCGAGAGCAGGGAAGCAUCGGUUUACCCGAGUUUUUUGUGUUGUUGGAUAUGAUCCAUUACAAGGCGCGGAUUCACCCCGGGAUCCAUCUGACGGCGCUGUAUGUGGUGGACGUCACAGAUCUGCACUCGGAACUGGGUCAUGAACAGAGCCUUUUCUCCGGAUCGAUCUGGCAUGAGCGCUGUGGGGUGCAUACUGCUGAAAUACCGCAGGACCGUACCGCUGGUAACUUGGAUGAUUUCAUCGCGGCAUGCCGCGGUCUGCCGUGUGAUACCUUGCAUUAGGUCCGCUGCACGUGGCUCCUGGAGUACAACCUGCGGCAAAAGUGGGACGAGGUCAUGAAGCUGUACAUCAUCAUGAACAGGACGCGUCUGCCGCUGAGCGGAGAUCCGGCGUCCUCAGUGUGGGCUGCGUUGGAGGGGGCGCUGUCGGUGACCGGCGUGAAGGAUAUGGAGGCACUGUCGAAAUGGCUGACGAUGAUCACGACAGAGGAGGGCUACGAGCUGCAUCGCAAGGCCGUCGGCAAUGUGUUAUGCACGACGCAGACCGCUGAUCCACGGACGUCUUUGCACUAUCGGGAAAAGAAAUGGUGCGCGGAGGGACUGCAGGAUCUGCGCUUGGAGGAAUUGUCCCGCAUUGCGCAGCGUUUUCUUUUAAUCCUGCCCGAUUUCCUUCGCAAUUGCCUGUCCCCAGGAUAG